UGUCUGCCAUCCUCUCUCCUGUCGGGGCUUCUCGGAUGUCUGGACUCGCUCUGCGGGGCGCAGUUUGCGUGGAAGCGGACGGAUCGCGCGCCCGGACGUGGCAGGAGGAGAACGGCUCGUGUGAGCAGCUUUAGCGGUGAGUUUGCGGACAUGAGACGGGCAGUGGCGCAUUCAGUUAGGCUGAAGUUGAUUUCCGCCUCGUCAUGUUUGCUGACUCAGCAUCCCUGACUCCGAUCAGCUGCUAAAACCAGGUCCAGGUCUGAGCUGAUCUGGCCUCAGUCUCAAACCGGAUCAGAAGGUUCAUGUGAACGUUUCAACUUCACCUUCAGUUUCCAGGAGCAGCUGAGAGCCUCAGGAGGAAGAAGAGGAAGAGGGGGGAGAGGGGUGGAAAACAGGCUAAAUUCUGCACUGCAGUGUUUCCUCAGGUGUGUGUGAGCGUGUGUGAGUGUGUACAUGUGUGAGUGGGAGGCUCCGUGGACAUUGACAUCUCCAUCAGGGCAAGCUGUGGGACGUCCAGAGGUGGAGCCAUCCUCCGGUCUUCAGGUGACCCCCCAUCCCUUCGCCCAGAUUCCUGCCUCCUCCACCCAGACUUGGAUCCUGCAGGCCUCGCAUGAAGCCUGACGGGCCAUUUUUAUAACACCGAAGCACAGACUGUUGAACUCCGUCUCUCCGGAAGGAUUUCUGGUUUUGGAUAAAGUCCAGACUCGGACUCCAGGUCCACCUCAGGGACAGUUUCCUUCUCACUGUGCCGUCCAGUCAGCACAGGACAGUGAAUCUCAGGCAGCAUCGCAGCAAAUCGCAGCUCCACUGUUAAUUCAGGGAUUUUUCUCAGGCCACAAUUUCUUUCUUCCUUUGACCUCCCGCUGCCAUGGCGUCUGAAAGCUUCCAGUACCGGGCACUGUUUGAGUACAAGCAGGAGCGUGGUGAUGGCAUCGGGCUCCAGCCAGGCGACUUGCUCACGGUCCCCAAGGCCUCGCUGAUGGAGUACCAGGAGGGGGAUGAACGGAGUCCAGCGGGCUGGCUGCAUGGCAUCAACGAGAGGACAAAGGAGGUCGGGGACUUUCCAGGGACGUACGUGGAGUAUGUAGGGGUGGUGAAUGCUGGCAAUCCUGUAGCUAAAUCCUGGCUCCGGCCUGUCCCACCGACCCCCGGGGGCCCACAGACCAUGACGGGACCUCAGCCUCCCGGAGCAACGGCUGCUUCAGGUGUGGAAGUGGAGCUUCUGUGUUCAGCCGCUCCAUUGGUUGUUUGGAGACUCAUCGAGGCCAUUGAGAAACACGGUCUGAACAGCGAGUCUCUGUAUGGGGCACCUCCAGCCUCCAGUGGACCAGCGGAGCUCCGGCAGGCUCUGGACUCAGAUCCAGUCUCAGUGAAUUUGGACCAGUAUGAUGUUGUUUGUCUGACUGAUGCCCUCAGAGGUUUCCUGCAGGACCUGCCCGCCGCCAUCAUCCCCCCCACAGUCUACAGCGAACUGGUCUACUCUGCUCAAGAGAGUCAGAGCGUGGAGGAGUGCGGGGAGAGGCUGAAGAGGAUCCUGGGCUCUCCCAGCAUCCCUCAGGCCAACUACCAGCUCCUGGUCCACCUCAGCAGACACUUGGACCGGGUCAGCCAGCACAGCCAGACCAGCGCCCGACUGCUGGGUCAGGCCUUCGCAGACAAAGUCUUCAAGCCCUCUCCUCUCAGUGUGGACGUGAACCCGGAGCACCACAUCCGGAUCCUGGAGGCUCUCAUCUCAACCGGCGGCCUCGUGGAGAUGCAGGCAGCACCAGCUCUUCCUCCUAAGCCGGCCAAGCCCCAGCAGUCCUCCUCGGUCGGGGUGGGAGGAGGCGGCAGCAACGGUGCCAAGGAUGGAGGAGCAGGAGGCUCGCUGCAGGAGGCCGAGUGGUACUGGGGAGACAUAUCCAGGGAGGAGGUGAACGAUAAGCUCAGAGACAUGCCCGACGGGACCUUCCUGGUUCGAGACGCUUCCACCAAGAUGCAGGGCGACUACACGCUCACGCUGAGGAAAGGUGGGAACAACAAGCUGAUAAAGAUCUACCACAGAGACGGGAAGUACGGCUUCUCCGACCCGCUGACCUUCGACUCGGUGGUGGAGCUCAUCAGCCACUACAGGCACGAGUCUCUGGCCCAGUACAACACCAAGCUGGACGUCCGGCUCAUGUACCCCAUCUCCCGCUUCCAGCAGGACCAGCUGGUGAAGGAGGACAACAUCGACGCUGUGGGGAAGAAGCUGCAGGAGUACCACAAUCAGUACCAGGAGAAGAGCAAAGAGUACGACAGACUGUACGAAGACUACACCAAGACGUCACAGGAGAUCCAGAUGAAGCGAACCGCCAUCGAAGCCUUCAACGAGACCAUCAAGAUCUUCGAGGAGCAGUGCCAUACGCAGGAGCGCUACAGCAAGGACUACAUCGAGCGCUUCCGCCGCGAAGGCAACGACAAGGAGAUCGAGCGGAUCAUGAUGAACUACGAGAAGCUCAAAUCUCGGCUGGGAGAGAUCCACGACAGCAAGGUCCGGCUGGAGCAGGACCUGAAGACACAAGCCAUGGACAACCGCGAGACGGACAAGAAGAUGAACAGCCUGAAGCCUGACCUCAUACAGCUCCGCAAGAUCAGGGACCAGUACCUGGUCUGGCUCAAUCACAAAGGAGUUCGGCAAAAACGAAUAAACGACUGGCUCGGGAUAAAGAACGAGAACACAGACGAAGGCUACUUCGUGAGCGAGGAAGAUGAGAACCUUCCUCACUGCGACGAGAAGAGCUGGUUCGUUGGGGACCUGAACAGGAUGCAGGCGGAGGAGCUGCUCAUCGGGAAGCCGGACGGAGCGUUCCUGAUCCGAGAAAGCAGCAAAAAGGGCUGCUAUGCCUGCUCUGUAGUGGUGGAGGGCGAGGCGAAGCACUGCGUCAUCUACAGCACGCCGCGCGGCUUCGGCUUUGCGGAGCCCUACAACCUGUACAGCAGCCUGAAGGACCUGGUGCUCCACUAUCACCAGACCUCCCUGGUGCAGCACAACGACUCGCUCAACGUGCGCCUCGCCUACCCCGUCUACGCACAGAUGCCCUCCGGACGCAGAUGAAGCCCACCCUGCAGACACGGGCCAGAACCGAAGGUGGUCGCUCGGGUCCGGAACUUCAGAACCGGAACCAGACUCACACGAGUUUUAUAUUUUUACCAGAAGCUUCUGGGAGGGCAUUCUUUCUAAAGACUGCUUGAUUUGCACAAGGAAGUUUGAAAUGUUUGUGAAUGUGAAAAAAAAAAACAAGAAAAACGGCGACUGAAGGAAACGGAGGAGAAGACGUCCAAGUUUCAGGUUGACCCCCACGCCCCCCACCCGCUGCUACCUAAACUCCAGCUCAGACUUUCCUUUCCCACAAACUCAAACAUUCCUGGUUUGUUUCCGAACGACGAGACGACGUCCGUACGAAAGAUGACACGAUGUAGCAUAACGAGACGCUUGUCCAUGAUGGCUGCUGCUGAAGGGGGGGUGGGACGGGGAGGGGGGGGGCGCAUGGGACAGUUUGUUGUUUUCAGGACAGAAAGUUUGAUUCAUUUUCUUGUUUGGCUUCGCUGGACUUUUUUGUGCCUACAUGUAAACGGCAACAUCUCGGAUCAGAACCAGAGACCAAAGCUGGAGACGGAGGACGGCGCGUGGGCCGGUGUGUGCGUGAGCGUGUCCACACAUAAAACGCAGUUCUGGACCACCAAAGCUUUUUUUUCUUUUUUUUUAACCGGGUCAGAAGCGAUUACCUGGGCUCCGUUUGUUUGGAAGUGAAGUU